AUAUGGAUAAUAAGUGGCAACUCCCAUUGCGUGUGGCCUCUCCCCACACUAAAAAAGAUCAGUCAAUAAUAUGGAAUACUUCGCGCUUGUGUUAUGAGCAAAAGCUCUUCGGGCAGAUUACAGGUUUAUCCUAUAACACAGGAGGUACUAUGCUCGGCGUUACCUCAACAAAUCAACUGGCAAUUCUACGUGUUCCAUACAAUGAUGGGGUUGUUGUGAACGAGCAGACUGGGCGCAAAAACUUUUCCAUCCGUUUUCGACACGAUGACAAACUAUAUAUACAGGCGAUCGAUCAGCGAGUCGUGGUCAAGUCCCCUGAUACGGCAUUUGAGAGGCAAUUUGCAGGUCAUACAAGGGAGGUUCGAAGUGCUAUUUUUCUCGGCAAGCAUAACUUUGUGUCAGCCAGUGAUGACACAACUGUCAAACUCUGGGAUCUUUUGAAUGACGAAGCCCUGGACACCGCGCAUGUUCAUACAGACUACGUUCGAUGUCUCGAAAACUAUUCCUCUGGUUGUCUUCUUAGUGGUUCCUACGAUCACAGUGUCAAUCUCUGGGACCCACGGGCGAGUCUGUCUAAACCUUUGCAGUCUUCUGGAAAGAUAUUGGGUGCGGCUGUAGAGACAAUUUGCUUUUUAGAAGAUGCAGACUUGAUAGCGUGUGGCUCGGGCGAUCAAAUCACACUCUUUGAUGUUCGAAAGGGCCUCUCUUCGUUUGUGUCACAAGUUUCCUUUCACACUAAAACGGUUGUUUCGUUAGCAUACUCGCCGGAGCACAAGACACUUCUUUCAGCUUCCCUUGAUUGCCGUCUUAAAAUGUCCACCCUUAUUGACUCAGAGUUGAAGUCGUUAUCCACCAUGAAGUUUAGCGACCCACUGACCGCAGUUGCUAUGCAACAUCAGGGCACAGAGUUCGCUGUUGGGAUCGCCACGGGGGAUCUUCGUGUUUUCAAAUUAGAUGAGCAACGAAGUGCUGUAGAAGAGAAUGAUGAGAUUGGAGAGCCACAGAAAAAAACGAAAGAAUUGGUCAUAUUGCAAGAAAAAAUGAAUUCUGUGAGGCACCAACUUAAUACAUACCAAUAUGGCAAAGCCAUUAAAACAGCUCUUUAUGCACGACAUGCCGAUGUUCUGGUUUCAACACUAGAGGAGCUGAUUCGACGUGGCGCGCUGCACGUCGCCCUCAGCAACCAGAACGAUCGAACAAUGGCACGUAUUCUUCGUUUUGCAACCGAAUAUGUUGACAAACCACAAUUCAUAGACACCAUGCUAGAGGUGUUCGAGGUAAUAUUUGAGAUUUACAGCACUGUGGUGAGUAAAAGUAAUUUUUUUUACCGGGAGAUGAAAAUAGCACGAAAAAGGAUAGCUGCGUCACUUGGCAUUUUAAAAAGAAUGGAGAAGGUUGUAAGCACUAUGGAGCUAAUUGUUAAUGCUGAUAAUUCAUAACUAUGUAGUGCAAAUAAAAAGGAUAUAUAUAUAUAUAUUCUAGUUGUCGAUUAAGAGCUAAUCAAA